GGUUGCGAAACGGUACAGAACCGUUCCUGGGUGUGAAAAAAUUGCUUUUAAGAAAUAUAUCGACUUUAAGAAUUAGCGUGCAAUAGGCUCUAUAAUAAUAUAUACAAUGACAGGAAGGCUUCCAGCUUGUGUGAUUGAUGUUGGAACUGGGUAUACGAAACUGGGAUAUGCUGCAAACAAAGAUCCACAAUUCAUAUUUCCAUCAGCCAUUGCCAUCAAAGAAAGCGCAAGAGUAGGAGAUCAAAACUCACGUCGUGUAACGAAAGGUGUUGAGGAUUUAGACUUCUAUAUUGGCGAUGAGGCAUUUGAUGCUUCUGGUUACGCAGUAAAAUAUCCUGUCCGACAUGGAAUCGUUGAAGACUGGGAUCUUAUGGAGCGCUUCUUAGAGCAAUGCAUCUUUAAGUAUUUGCGAGCAGAACCGGGUGACCAUCAUUUUUUGCUCACUGAACCACCGCUCAAUACACCUGAAAACCGUGAAUACACGGCUGAAAUAAUGUUUGAGACUUUUAACGUGCCGGGACUUUAUAUUGCUGUGCAAGCUGUCUUGGCACUUGCGGCAAGUUGGGCUUCUCGUCCUGUAGAGGAACGGACAUUAACAGGCGUUGUUAUUGAUAGUGGCGAUGGUGUAACACAUGUUAUUCCAGUCGCUGAAGGCUACGUCAUUGGUUCAUGCAUAAAACAUAUUCCAAUCGCCGGACGAAAUAUUACCUCAUUUAUUCAGAGUCUGUUACGCGAACGAGAGGUGGGCAUUCCACCUGAACAGAGUCUGGAAACUGCCAAAGCAAUUAAGGAGAGAUUUUCCUACAUCUGUCCUGAUAUCGCGAAAGAAUUCGCAAAAUACGAUUCGGAACCUUCAAAAUGGAUUCGCACUUAUGAAGGAAUGAACAGCAUUACUAAACAACCAUUUAAUGUUGAUGUCGGUUAUGAAAGAUUCCUAGGGCCGGAGAUAUUCUUUCAUCCAGAAUUCUCCAAUCCUGACUUCACAACACCAAUUUCCGAGAUUGUUGACAAUGUUAUCCAAAAUUGUCCGAUCGAUGUUCGUCGGCCGUUGUACAAUAAUAUUGUCCUUAGUGGAGGCUCUACAAUGUUUAGAGAUUUUGGAAGACGUUUACAGCGUGACAUUAAGCGUUCAGUUGAUGCUCGAUUAAGGAUAAGUGAAAAUUUGAGUGAGGGACGAAUUAAGCCAAAACCUAUUGAUGUUCAAGUGAUUUCACAUCAUAUGCAACGAUAUGCCGUUUGGUUUGGUGGCUCCAUGUUGGCCUCAACACCCGAAUUUUAUCAAGUUUGUCACACUAAGGCUGAAUAUGAGGAACAUGGUCCACGAAUUUGCCGAUACAAUGCCGUUUUUGGUUGUAUGACAUAAGUUUUCAAUUAUCAAAACGUCUACAAAUGACAAGACAUUCCUACUACUGCUCACCAUCUUCGAUUAAGUCUAAUCUUCUAUUGUGCAUUUAUAGAUGAAUUUUUGUCUCCUUCUUAAUCCACCAAAAGCGACUUUUAUGUAUUUUUUUUCAGUUUAAUCAAACUCAUAACAAUUAGUCGUUGAAUGAAACUUAAUGUUUUUGUUUUUGUAGGAAUUCUUAUUAUCAAGAUAUUGUUUUAUUGAAACGCCUUUUAAGUAUUUUUUCCUUUCCUUUCCCUUAUUAUGAUGCUAAACAUAUAUUAAAUAUAUUCCAUCAAAUCGCUUCAAUAACGCGGACAAUCGUUCUUUUUCUAGUUUAGAUGUGCAGAUUUAAAUUGUUUGGCGCAUUUGAGAAACAUUUGUUUAUCCUUCUGUUAAUUAAAUUCACAUUUAAUAAUAAUGUUAAAUAUUUAACAAGUGAAUUGUUUACAUAAUGAACCAAUAUGUAAAAUCGUCAAUUUAAGUAGUAUCAAAAGUUGCAGUUACGUAGCUUAACCAAUAACGAACCGACGUCAUGCAAUCUAAAGCCGCAUAUCUUCAUUCUACUUAAAGAUUAACACACAAUUGGUAAAUAGAAUCGAUUCAUAUUUUUUAUUUUCCUUUUUUGUUUUAGAUGAUUUAAAUUAAUUUUAUAAGCGAUUUUUUUUCAUUUUUUACAAAUAUUCUUCGGAAUUUUUUUGAGCUGAAAAAAAAUAAAAAAAAAUAGAAAUAUUUCCGUAUCGCGAUAAAUCUUUCUAUUGUCUUUUUUCAUUAUUCAUUGAACUUCUGUUUUCUUUAUUUGUCAGAUAUGAAAAAUUAAUGAUAUGAAAUAAAAAACGGAAAAGAAUUGAAAAUUUGAAUAUUUAAAUUCAAAAAACAGAAAAAUUUUGCUGGUUACACAGAUAUUUGAUAUCAAAGGGAAUUUUUUUUCCAAUUUUUCUUACGAUUAACAUCAAAAAUAUCUUUUUGUAGUAUCUUAGCUUGAUAUUUUACUUCUGAUAAUUUAAGUUAAAUAGUCAUUGACAUCUUCUUCGCCUGUUGAACUGUUUUCAUCUUCACCAUCUUCAUUUGGAUUUCGUUCUAAAACGCGUAUAUCCGAUAAGAAAUCACGCAUAGCGUCAACAAUUGAGUUGAGUGAUUGUCGGAACUCAGCAUAUGCAACAGGUCCAUCAGGAUUUUCUCCCAAUUCUUCAACAACACCUCCUGCAGCUUCAUCAAGUUGAGCAGCUUCUGCCAUUGCUUGUGCAGCACCCUCAUUAGGCUGCUGAUGAAGAUUGAAACUUGGUAAGAGUGAUUGGAAAAACAAUUGCAAACCAUUUGCAGUGAGUGCUCUUUGUUGAACAUUGGCAGCCUUUGGUUUUUCGUAAAUGUUGAUUGAAUCAGUCGGUGGAAGUGGAUCAAAGUGUACAAUCGGAUCCGUAUCUUUUUUCAAGAAAUCAGCAAUUGGAACUUUCUCUUUAAAUUCUGAUAAAAUCACAUGACGAAGAAUAUUCCUUGGCGGAUGGGGAUAUCUUGAGCUUCUCUUAGCUGCACAAUCAUUAAUGACUUCGUCUUUCUUAUCGACGGAAUCAAGUACUAUAUGAACAUUCCUUUCAAGCCACAAUAAAAUCUCAUUGUCACCCGACCAUACAAUCUUGCACCGUGCAAUGUAAAGCUGCAUAAGCUGCUGAAGGGCCAAUGGACUACUAGUGAAACAUCCAGGACCAAAAUAUUUAUGUGACGAAACUCGAGAGUCUGCUUGAAUGGAUAACUCGUCAAGAA